AGAGUCCAAAUUCUGAACAAAGGCAAAGACCCGACGGAGAGCAAUCAAUCAAAUUAAAGAAGAAGCCUGCGGCGGGUUCCGGUUCCAUCCGCCAGCCAACUUCCCGUUUUCUUCCUCUUCUCAUCAUCUUUUUGUUGAGAUUUAAAUUAGCUUUUACUGAAUAAUAAUAAUAAGAAUGGGGAUAAGAUUCAUACUGAUGGUGAACAAGCAAGGGCAGACAAGGCUAGCCCAGUACUACGAGUACCUCACCAUUGAAGAAAGACGUGCCCUUGAAGGCGAAAUCGUCCGCAAAUGCCUCGCUCGCACUGAGCAACAGUGUUCAUUUGUUGAGCAUCGGAACUACAAGAUUGUUUACCGGCGAUAUGCAUCCCUGUUUUUUCUGGUCGGAGUUGAUAAUGAAGAAAAUGAACUUGCAAUUUUAGAGUUCAUACACCUGUUGGUUGAAACCAUGGAUCGGCAUUUUGGUAAUGUGUGUGAGCUGGAUAUCAUGUUCCAUCUGGAGAAAGCACACUUUAUGUUGGAGGAAAUGGUUAUGAACGGGUGUAUCGUUGAGACUAGCAAGUCUAACAUUUUGGGCCCAAUACAGCUGUUGGAAAAAGCUUCAUAACUCGUUUUUAAAGAUGUUGCAGCUAUAACGAAGAGUUUGUGUAAUUUCCUUCUUUUUUUUUUUUGUUGUUAUCCACUUGUUCAGUCGUUAUCUAUAUUAGAGACGCAAUUGAUUGUUUUGUAGAUGUCAUCGAGUUCUAAUCCAUGAAGUGAACAUGGGAGGGUGAGCUGGUUAGAGGCUUGUAGUGUGUCAUCCUGUAAUUGGUGUUACAGAAAUAAAUUGGAGUUGGACAUUUAUUUUUGGUAAGUUUGAGAUUUCAACCAGAA